CACGGAGUAUCGAUUUCAAAUUUGUGCGUUGAACCUAGGAGCAUAAAAAUAUCCAAACUAUCACACAUCUGUUGUAGAAUUUUUUGUGUCGGAAGAUAUCUUUUUCUUUCUUUCUUUCUUUCGUUCUUUGUUUCUUUCUUUUCCGGAUGUCGCGUGAUAUUUAAUACGACAUUAGUUCGGCCUGUUUCUGUUAAUCAAGUAGCAAGAUCACAGGAGGACAGAAAGAAAACGAGAGGACCCAUCUAUGGCUUGAGAAAUGUGACCAGAAAAAACUCACAAAUAGAACUAUCGUCUGGAGUUAGCUUCCCGAAAGGGAAAGUAAAAGAUUUUUGUUUUGGGUUUGAUUCUCAGUCUUUCCACCCAAAAAGCUGAUCACGACACAUUGCAGUUUGCUUCUCACUCAAAACAAUGGAUUCCCCCCACCAGCACCCAUUUAUCAGUCCCUCUCCUCUAGGACAGGACUAGAAAGAGAGGCAGAAAGCACAGGAUCAAGGUCGGUCGGGGAUCGAGGUUUCGAGUUGAUCACUGAUGGAGGAUUUGGAGUUUGUGGUUGAAGCUCUGAUGAAUAAUGGGGACAGAGAAGCUCAGGUCGAGGCGGCCAUUAGGAUCAGGGAGCUCAACAGGAAGCAGAGGCAUGAGUUGGCUGAGAGAGGAGCGAUCGGACCUUUGAUCUCGAUUCUUCGUACUCAUGGCGGGUGCGAGGAGGCCAUUGAAGCAGCGCUCUUUGCCCUGCUUGCUCUUGCAUUCGGCAGUGAAAGGAACAAAGUUAGGAUUGUGAAGUAUGGAGCAGUACCGGUGCUGCUGGAUCUCUUGCAAAGCCAGAGCGAGGUGGCAGUCGAGCUCUCAGUGGCAGCGAUGAUGAUCCUCUCCUCUUGCUUGGCAAACCGUCCAGCGAUCGCAUCUUCCGAGACUGUAGGGAUCCUAAUUGCGAUCAUUGGAGAUACCGGUCACAGUGAGCAAUCCCAUCUCGACACCAUCUCUACUCUCCACAGCCUCACUAAGGUAGAGCAAACGAUCCCCCUCAUUGUCGCCCACGGAGGAGUUUCUUCCCUUGUUGAGUUCAUAAUCGCCAGUGAGAAGUCAUUGGAGGCGGUGGAAAAAGCCGUGGUGCUGCUGGAGGCUGUUGCAGCAUCCUCAGCCGAGGCUGUGAUCGAAACAGCCACAGCAAGCGGCGGGAUCCAAGCGCUGGUUGAGGUCGUGGAGGAAGGGACGCCACAGGCUAAGGAGCACGCGGCCGCUGUCCUUCUGCUGGCCUGCCAGGGCAGCCACCAAGAGGGGUGCCGGGAGUGCAUCCUCCAGGAGGGGGCUUUGCCGGGCCUGCUGCAGCUGAGCGUGGACGGGAAACCAAGAGCCAAGGAUAUCGCUCAGAGGCUGCUGCUGCUGCUGAGGGAGAGGGUGAGGGACCACCAAUUGGAAUGUGGCGGCGGGGCGGCGGGGAAGAGGAGGCCGAACAAGAAGUGCUGUUCGAAGAUGGAGUUAGUGGAGGAGAUCAUGAGGGAGAUAGACACGGAUGGGGAGGUAGUGGUGGCGGCGACGCUGAGACUGGUGGAGGAGAUGGUGGCGAAGCUGGGGCACGACCGGCCGGCGGCAUCACCUGCCGGCUCUCGUCUCCGCUUUGCCCACAUGCUUUCAGGCAGACUCUCGAUUCGGUCCAGAAGAGGCAGCUGAUCAAACUAAAGAGACCAAAUUGAGAUCUAAACUAUCGGGGUAAAAAUGACAUUCCCCGAUUGUUGCUGGUGGGGUUCAGUGUUCACUUCCUAGUUCUUGAUUUCUUGUACAUAUGGGUGAUCGUUUUGUGAUUUUGGAUUGCUUUAGGAUGAAAGAUUCAUUCAUCAGCACGAUUCAUUUGAUUGUUGUGGAACGCAGAAAAUCCAUUUAAGGGGUAGAGACACUUCUUGAUUAUUUGA